AUACACAGAUAAAAGUGGCAGUUUUAAAUUACGAUCACUCACUGUAUCAUCUUUGAAAGGUACCCCAGAUUGUCUAUUGAAGUUCAGCGUUAGAUUGAUAAAAUGGAGAAGCGUUAUUUCACAGAAGUUUUUAAAGAUCCAUUUAACUUUGAUCUAACAGCAGAGUUGGAUGAAAUAUGGAAAACAAUGGCUGCUGAAAUACUUGAUGAAAAUCCUGUAGAAAGAGAGAAAAGAAUUGCUGAGUAUUUUAAAGCUGUCCAAGAAGAUCUGGAGGUUGCCAAGUGGAGAGCACAAGAUGAACAGUUUAGAUUUGAAGAGAGAAGAUACUUAGUUCAGUACCUUAGAGCUGGUCUUUGGGAUAUACAAGCAGCAUUACAUGUACUCAGACAGUAUCUUGCCUCUUGCCAACUCUACCCAAAUAUAGCUAAAGUAUCUGUUCCAACACUGUUGGAAAAAGUAUGGAGUAGGAAGCUGAUUGCUGCAACAGAAUAUAGAGAUUAUUAUGGUAGAAGAAUAUAUUUUUUUAGACCAGGAGUUUGGAACCCUGACGAGAUUCCUGUAAAUGAACUGUUUGCUGCGUCCUAUAUUAUGUUUGAAAUGCUGGCUCAAGAGGAGAAAACCCAAAUUGCCGGAAUAACAAUGGUGUGUGAUCUAACUGGGUUCGGAUUCAAACAGCUUAGAAAUCUUGGAAUGGAACAGGUUCGGUGCAUGACCUCCUUCAUGUCUGGUGCUUUCCCUGUCUGGUUACGAAAGAUUCAUGUUUGCAACAAUCCUCGACUAUUCGGAGUUCUCUACAGUAUGAUGACUCCAUUACUAGACGACAGGGUUAAAGGAAAUAUAAUUUUCCAUGGGUCUAAUUUUACAUUGCUACAAGAACAGAUUCCUAGUUUCCUUCUCCCGAAGAGUUUAGGGGGUGGUGGAGAACUAGAUGAUGAAGCAAGUGUUAGGAUAUUGAAGGAGAAGAAUGCUUAUUAUGAAGAAAUAAAGGAUUAUACUAUGAAGCAUACUUAACAAUAAGAUUGUUAAUCCAAAAUAAUCUAAUAAAUAAAUUAAGUUAAUUUA